AUGCCGGCAGCCCGGGUCUUCAAUGGGUUUAACAGGACAUGUGAAACUACCAAGGGAGAGAUCACUCUACCGGUGAACACUGUCGGGAUUGUUCAACAUACAAAAUUCUAUGUCAUUGAUGGCAAAAUGAGGUAUAAUGCUUUGAUCGACAGACUGUGGGUACAUAACAUGAGGGCAGUGCCCUCAACUUUACAUCAGAUGCUGAAGUUUCCAACUCCGGAUGGAAUAAAAACUAUCCAUGGAGGACAACCGACAGUAAAAGAAAUGUUUGCGGUCGAAGAAGCAGUUCCUGAACCAAAGUCAUCCGUACCCAGGGAUACUGAAAACCCGAGCAGUGGUAAAGGUACUAAAUAG